AUGGAGAUGUUCAACUUCAUCCUAGAGCUGAAUGAGAAGAGAAGAAAUUAUGAACCUGUAUCAGCUGAAUCAGAGAGAGUUCGAGUUAAGUUUGGUGGGACAAGGAAAGAGUUUGCGUUUGAUAAGGUUUUUCAUCAAGAUACAACUCAAGAAAGUGUUUUUGUUGAAGUGGAGCCAAUUCUAAGAUCUGCAAUGGACGGGCACAAUGUGUGCGUUUUCGCUUAUGGUCAAACCGGCACAGGCAAGACAUUCACCAUGGAUGGUACAAAUGAGCAGUUAGGGAUUAUUCCUCGAGCUAUUGAAGAACUCUUUCGUCAAGCGUCAAUGGAUGCUUCGUCCUCUUUUACUUUUUCAAUGAGUAUGUUGGAAGUUUACAUGGGCCAUGUCAGGGAUCUGCUGUCUCCAAGACAGUCUUGUAGAACACAUGAACCUCUCACUGUGUGGAAGUAG